AUGGAAAUGGAGCAAUCGACCGGCGAUACGCCGUUCUACUCCGAUUUUGGUCAAUUCAAAGAGGGAUACAACCGUGAGGAGGCGGAGGCGGGCAUCAACGAUGCCUUCCACAAGCGGCAGCUGCUACGACAGGAACUUUAUUUGAAGGAGCUGAUGCUUGGCAGUGGGCUCGGUCAUGCCGCAGAGCGAACAGUUCACGGCAGAUUAUAUCAACCGCAGGCGGCGCUGCAAACAACGACUGACGUUGCUGCAACCACAGUGGCGGCGGAGAGAGGCGACGUGGAAAGUGCCGCAAACGCAUGCGCCACCCAGUCCGACAUGGCACUCCUUGACACUUCCCCGUCAAGCGUCAUGAAGCAGUUUACCAAGGUGGAAGUGGAGGUGCAGAGUUUAAAAGAGGUUCACCAGCAGUUGGAUGAUAAUAUGCGCAUAGCUGAGGACAGUAUUGCACAGGGUUGCAAACCCCAUACCUUUGAUGCUGUGUUGGAGUCUCUUUCCAUCGUCCUUACGAUUUUAGAGGAGGGUGACGCGCGAACGCAGGUGAGGCUCCCCAUGCAGGAGGAAAGCGCGGUGCCACUUCAAGGUGCAGAGGCUGUCAUGAGAUACGCACAACAGUAUAUCACCCCGCUGGCGCUGACGCUGGUGAACACCUUGUACGCAACAGAGUGGAUGCUGCAGUACACCAUGACAUUCAUCAACUCCCUCGUAGCGAAGGACGAGGAGGAGGCACAGUUGCGGAUGGAACUUCUUGCGCGGUGUGUGCGGUGGUUGGGGAAGAUUGAUCAAUUCGUUGCUUUUGCUUUUGCAUUUGAACUGAAGUGGCAGGCGUACGAGACCUUCUCGACGCUGCGGGACUCGGCUGAGCGUUUCAUUGGAGGUCUCAUCCGCAGUGUGGAGAAGGAUAUGGCAAAUGUACUUCUCGUUUCAUUUCCAAAACGGCGCAAACAAUUGUUGUUGUUGGAAGCAGGUAUUAGAGAGCGUCUUCAGCGGAUUAUUUCGUUCCUUCACCAAAUUGAGACUGAGUGGAUGCCAGAUAUGAAAGUGCAGAUGGAUUGGAAGGACGAGUUUCUCUCUCAGAUUAUGGAGAAGAUACACACUGUCAUCGCCCCGGCGUUCCUCUCCGCGUCAUUGGGUUUUAUUGAUGAUUCUCUGUACAAACUUGUGGCGGGAAAGAGUCGACUGGGUUUCCGCAGUGCCAACAGCUCAAUUCGAAGCGGCGGCAGUCGCCGCUCCCUGCCGCCGCGAGCGUUGCCGAAUGUUUCAGUAGCCACACAAGUCGAAGACGGUCGUGUCGAGGAGAAGCUGAGCUUCCAGCAGAUUGGCAUGACGGUGAAGAGGUCGGCGAGUCUUGUGGUGGGGCUGCAGCUGUGCAUGGGAGCCCGCUACGUGCUGCAGCAGUGUGGCGUGGAGCAUGACGAGCGGUGGGGUUUUUCUUUGGGCGAGUCGCCGGACGCCCCAAAUGCUAUUCGCGAUGCGGCGGAAGAUGUAGUACGCUUAAGGGAAUCCAUUCAGCAGCGCGUGCGGGAGCGCACGGAGCAGCAGGCGGAGGCGCUACGUGUAUUCUUUCUGACGUGA